UUUGGCUGGUGGCAUCAUGGACACACCCUAAACAGUGUCAGUGAAUCAACACAUUCUUCAGAGAUCGCAGCCACGGCAGGUCUUCAUCCGCAUCACGGGUGGGGAAUCAUGGCUGCAGAACAAGAGGCUGAAGAAACUGUUUCUCAAGAGCUGCACCAUCUAUCUGAGCUGAGGAUCGUGCUGCUUGGGGGACAGUGGGCUGGGAAGAGUGCAUCAGCGAACACCAUCCUGGGCAGAGAGGAGUUUGGAGCGGGAUUCAUCACCUCUGAUGUAACGGAGGAGUGUGAGAUGGGAACAAGAGAAGUGUCUGGGAGACGGGUCACUGUGGUCGACACUCCAGACUUGUUAAAUAAAGACAGGCUCAAGAUUGAGAGAUGUGUUCCUCUGUCUGCCCCGGGACCCCACGCUCUCCUCCUGGUGAUACCGGUGUAUCAAGUAGAAGAGUAUUACAAAUCUUUUGAUAAAAUGCAGGAGCUCUUUGGUGAGAGAGCUCUGAGGAACACAAUGAUCCUUUUCACCUUCGGGGAUAAACUGGAAGGCAGGACGAUUGAGCAGCACAUUGAGGAAGCUGGUGAGGAGCUCCAGCAGCUUGUUGGAAAAUGUGGGAACAGGUAUCAUGUUCUCAACAAUAGGAACAGGAGCGAUCACACUCAGGUCACACAGCUCCUGGACAAGAUAGACAACAUGGUGAAGGGAAGUGGAGGCUGCUACCUUCCAAAUGAGAUUUACCAGGAUGUAGAAGAAAGAAUUAGACUAAAGGAACAGGAGCUGAAUGAGAAACACAAAGAGGAACUGAGGAGGAGAGAAGAGGAGAUGAAACAGAAAUAUGAGAAGGAACAGUGUAGGAUAGAAGAGGAGAUGAAACAGAAAUAUGAGGAGGAACAGUUUAGAAGAGAAGAUGAGAUGAUGGAGAAAUUGAGGAAGCAAAUGAAGGAAGAGGAGCUGGAGAAAGAGCCAGAGGAAUCCAAGCUGCCUUUCAGGAGAAGGAACAGCAUUGAAGGACUACGUCCCAACAUUUCCACAGGUGAAGGAGAGGCUCCCCUUGCAGAUAACCAAGCGCCUCCCAGUCCCCCUGAGCUGAGGAUGGUGCUGCUUGGGAAGACUGGGGCUGGGAAGAGUGCAGCAGGAAACACCAUCCUGGGCAGAGAGGAGUUCAGAUCUGAAGCCAGCUCCUCUGCAGUAACGAGGGAGUGUGAGAAGAGAAAAGGACAAGUGGCUGGGAGAUGUGUUGCUGUGAUCGACACUCCAGAGCUCUCUCAGGACAAACUCCAGAUUAGGAGCUGUGUUUCUCUGUCUGCCCCGGGACCACAUGCUUUCCUCAUGGUGAUACCGGUGGGCCGAUUCACAGAGGAAGACAGGAGAGCAGUGGAGACAGUCCAGGAGAUAUUCAGUGAGGAGGCUGUGAGGAGGUACAUGAUGCUCCUUUUCACACACAGUGACAAACUGAAAGGCAAGACCAUUGAGGAUUAUAUUCAGACAGGCAGCAAGGAGCUCCAGCAGCUUGUUGAGAAAUGUGGGAACAGGCAUCUUGUUCUCAACAAUGAGGACAGGAGUGAUCGCACUCAGGUCACACAGCUCCUGGACAAGAUAGACAACAUGGUGAAGGGAAACAACGGCAGCUACUACACCAGUGAGAUGUACCAGCAAGCAGAAGCAAAGAUCAGACAAAGACAAGAGGAGAUACUGAAGGAGAAGGAAGAGACAAUAUUGAGGGAGGAAGAGGAACUGAGGGCAAAGCACCUGAAAGAACUGGAGAACACGAAAAGGAAGAUGAGAUUGGAAAUCCAGAAACGAGAAGAGAAGAUCAGAGAGCUGGAGGAGAGGAUAGGAGAACUGGAGGAAGAGCUGAGGAAAGAACAGGGAGAGAAUCACAGGAUGAAACUGGAGGAAGAGCUGAGGAGAAAGAGAGAGGAGAGAGAAAGGGCAGAGCAAGAAAAGGAGGAUUGCAUGGAGAAGGGAGAGAGAGAGAGGGGAGAGUACGAGGAGAAACACAGGAGAGAGAUAGAGGCGGUCAGGCAGCGCUAUGAGGAAAUCCUUAGACGAGAAGCAGAGAGAUCCAAUGGAUUUAUAAGCACAUAUGAAAAUCCAGCUGAAGCUAGUGGAGAAAGGGCAGCACUAGGGGCAGUGAUCAGUGCAGUAGCAGCAGCACUAGUUGAAGGGGCUGAGGUAGGGUCUGUAUUACACACAGUAUCUAGAGCAAUAUCAGAAGAGACAGCGCUAGGGGCAGUAAUGCACGCUGCAAAGGAAGCAGUAAGAGAAGGAGCAGCUCAGAGGGCAGUGAUCAGUGCAGUAGCAGCAGCACUGAGAGAAGGGGCUGCGAUCAGGACAGUAUUGCACACAGUAGCAGAAGCAAUAGAGGCAGCACCACAGGAAACCAGUCAAAGAGAUCUAUAAGUGGGAAUGUGAUACAUGUAAAAGCAGAACGAUUGAGAGUUAUGAAGUAUAACAGGGUGUGGCUGUAAGUCGCUGUACUGUUGAAACCAGGGGCCAGUGUAACAAUUAAACACAGAGUGGAAAUAACUGAAACCAUCUACUGAAGGAAUUGCUGCUGGAAUCAAUAUAGAAUGAAGAACAACACAUAUAAUGGGUGUGAAGUUUAGGUACCGUGGAUUCUAAUUAAAGAAUAUAUAAUUAAAACAACAGAUUUCUAAAUAAUGAAUUACAAUGUCAUAAUAGCCUAUUAAUUAGAGUGUACUGAGUUUAUAUUUAGAUUUUUUUUCCUGAGUCAUAUAUAUUCAGUUAUCGAUUUACGUGAUUGAUGAAUGGAUGUUAUUACUUAUAGUUGAUAUUUGACAUUGAAGCUAUAAUAUUAAUUGAAUAUUAUAUAAACUUAAUGUGAUGAUUAUUUUGACACUAAUUAUCUUUCUUACUUUUGUACCGUAUCACUGAACUCAUGUUGAUACAAUGUAUAGACUAUAUAAGUGUGUUGUGUUGUUAUUGUGUAUCACUGAACUCACAUUGAUACAAUGUAUAGACUAUAUUAGUGUGUUGUGCUGUUAUUGUGUAUUACUGAACUCACGCUGAUACAAUGUAUAGACUCUAUAAGUGUGUUGUGUUGUUAUUGUGUAUCACUGAACUCACAUUGAUACAAUGUAUAGACUAUAUUAGUGUGUUGUGCUGUUAUUGUGUAUUACUGAACUCACGUUGAUACAAUGUAUAGACUCUAUAAGUGUGUUGUGUUGUUAUUGUGUAUCACUGAACUCACAUUGAUACAAUGUAUAGACUAUAUUAGUGUGUUGUGCUGUUAUUGUGUAUUACUGAACUCACGUUGAUAAAAUGUAUAGACUCUAUAAGUGUGUUGUGUUGUUAUUGUGUAUCACUGAACUCACAUUGAUACAAUGUAUAGACUAUAUUAGUGUGUUGUGCUGUUAUUGUGUAUUACUGAACUCACGCUGAUACAAUGUAUAGACUCUAUAAGUGUGUUGUGUUGUUAUUGUGUAUCACUGAACUCACAUUGAUACAAUGUAUAGACUAUAUUAGUGUGUUGUGCUGUUAUUGUGUAUUACUGAACUCACGUUGAUAAAAUGUAUAG